CCACCAGCUUUAAGACUAUUCAUCACCAUAGCAGAAGCUAAAUUAACAUUUACAUUUAAUGCUUUGCUUUUUGGGUUGUUUCCCCACCACCCCAUGCUUAAACCAUGAAGUUCCUCAGUUUUACAAUGACUAUGUUUCUUCUCUGCUACAGUGUUAAAGGAAACUGGUGGGAUGAAUAUAAUGAAGCCUUGAAGAAUUAUAGCCAAGAAGAGCUUCAUAAGGAACAUCCAGAAAAGAUACGACCGCAGGGUUUCCAGCAUGCUCCUUUCCGUUGCCCCGACAUGACUCCAUCCCCCACAGUCCCCACCUCAGUUGAGAGGGUGAAACCAGCAGACAUUAAAGUUGUCGCCGCUUUUGGAGACUCACUGACUAGUGCCAUAGGUGCCAAUGGUUCUACUGUUUUGGAAAUUCCAAUUGAGUACCGUCAUGUUUCAUGGAGUAUUGGAGGAUAUGGAGGCUAUCAGGAUGUUAUCACUCUUGCAAACAUUGUGAAACUUUUUAACCCCAAUGUUCUUGGGCCAUCACUUGUGCCGACCCUGCAUGGAUACCCUACAACAAUUAAUGACACCAACUUCAAUUUUGCAGUUACGGGACACAAUACAUUAAACUUCUCUGAGCAGACCAGGCACAUGAUCGACACCUUUAAGACGUACCCGGGCUUAAAUUUCAAAGAAGACUGGAAACUCCUUACUAUCUUGAUUGGGAUGAAUGACAUUUGUGAUUAUUGUAAAAACAAAUCACUGUAUUCUGUAGACAACUUCAUCCACUAUAUGACGAAAAAUCUGGAAAUAUUGAUGCUAGAGGUCCCUAGAUUAAUAGUGAAUGUUGUUCAGAUUCUUCCCAUGAAGCCACUCCGAGAGGUUGCAAUGCCCACCAUUGGCUGUAUACUGCAGAAAACUUUCUGCUCCUGUCUGACACAGCCGGAGGAGAACUCGCCAGAGCUGCAGGAGGUGUUGGAGUUGAACCUGGAAUAUCAGAGGCGGCUAGAGGAGCUGUUGUACUCGGAUCGUUUCUUUAAAGAAGACUUUGCUGUGGUUCUUCAGCCCUACCUCACACAUGCCAAGCCACCCAGACUGCCUGAUGGAAAAAUCAACCCAAGUUUCUUUACAGCUGAUUGUUUUCACUUCAGUGUGAAAGGUCAUGAGGAGUUGGCCAAAGGGCUCUGGAACAACAUGUUUGAACCUGAGGGAGAGAAGACAAUGAUUGACAGUUUCUCAGAACCAGUUAAACUCAUCUGCCCGCCUCCUGAUCACCCAUACAUACACACAAGACCUAAAGAAAAGUAAUCUGCAAGCUCUCUUCAACACUCUGGACCUUUUUGUCAAUAACCAGCUUCCUUAUAAUGUUUUACAAUGUACAGUAAACCUUGAAUAAUUACUUUAUCUGAAUAAUUAACUCAUGAACUUUACUGACUAACACACUUUGAACAUCUUUGGAAGAUUGUAUUAUACAAUAGCCUUUAUAAAAAAUAAGUUGUGCUCAUUAACAUACUGCUUAUUUGAACACAUUAUAUACUCUAAUGUAAUGCUGCAUUUAGUUCUGUAAUAAACAUUUAGAUAAUUUGUCCGUUUUAUUUGCCUUUUGCCUGAAAAAAAUAGUGCAUUAAAAAUGUUAAAUGAAACACUUCAGACUCUGUACUUGCAGAGUAUUGCC